CACCAACGGUGGCCGCCAUUUGUCAUUUUUUUGGCAUGCGCGUAGGGGAGAGCAACGAGAAUCGUGCUCACGAGUGUUUUUCAUGAAAAGUAAACUCUAAACUUUGUUUGUGAAUUGUGAAAACUUGUGUUACUCUGUGAAGCAGGUGUACAUCUGUUUUUUAGUGUUCUGUGUGUGAAAAAACUUUCAAAAUGAAUAAAACUUGCGCAAGGUGCGAGAAAACAGUUUAUCCCACGGAGGAAUUGAAAUGUUUAGACAAGGUUUGGCACAAAGGCUGUUUCAAAUGUCAGGAGUGCGGCAUGACACUCAACAUGAGGACCUACAAGGGAUACGGAAAACUACCUUAUUGUGAAGCACACGUGCCAAAAGCGAAGCCCACCACAAUGGCGGAGACGCCGGAGCUGAAGCGGAUAGCGGAGAACACCAAGCUGCAGAGCAACGUCAAGUACCACGCCGACUUCGAGAAGAGCAAGGGGAAGUUCACACAGGUCGCCGACGACCCAGAAACCCUUAGAAUCAAGGCGAACACAAAGAUCAUCAGCAACGUGGCCUACCACGGAGAUCUGGAGAAGAAGGCUCAGAUGGAGAAGCAGAGGACGCUCAACGAGAAUGGAGAACUAGUUGAAGUGCCAAGCGACAACUACCAUCAGCAAAUCGAGAACUACGCGACAGAAAUGCUGCCUCCUACGGUACCAGUGCCGAAUCUGCCUCCCAAGAACCACUACCAGACGCCCACUACUCAAUACCAGCCCCCAGUACAAUACCAGACUCAGCCACCACCGCCCCAAUACCAGCAAGCGCCCCAAUACCAGCAAAACGCUCAGUAUCAGCAGCAGACUCAACGGCAGAACCAAUAUCCUGACCAGUACAAGAAGUACGAAGAAUACCAGUACGAGUAUCAGAAUCAGUACCCUCAACAGUACCAGAAUCAGAAUCAGUACCCUCAGCAGUACCAGAAUCAGAAUCAGUAUCAGUACGGGGCGGGCGGGCAGCCCAAGAUUGGCAGGAUUCAGGAUUACGAUCCAGUCAGUGAUGGGCCUAGGGCGCCGCCCAAUACCCAAAGGGCGUCUGCUACCCUCAUUUAUAACAGCACUAGUGAUGGAAAAAGAGGCGCGCACCAGCCGCAGCAGCAGUCGAGCCGCCAUAUUGGCCGCGUCACCGACCUGGACCCGCUGGCGAACGAACCAGCGCCGCCGCCGGCUAACCACCAAAACACGCCGCCACAGAGUGUUUACAUCGCGAUGUACGACUACGAAGCGACCGACAGUGACGAGGUGUCGUUCCGCGAAGGCGACUACAUAUCGAACGUGACGUCAAUCGACUCGGGCUGGAUGACGGGGCAGGUCCUCCGCACCGGCCGCACCGGCAUGCUGCCUGCUAACUACGUGGAACGCGUUGCUGCGCCCGCCAGGUACGACUAAAGACACCUGGAGAAGAGAGGGCUCGAAGGCACGAGCGCUCGUGAUGAGAAUUAUUGCCUUGAUUGAAGCAUCAACUACAUUCAUGACUAAUUAAAAAAAAAAUAUCACAAUCAAGUAAGUUUGGUAAGAAGUUGCCGAAAAUUAUUGACUUUAUUAAAAAGAAACAUUAUAAUCAUAUUUUUAUAGUCACAAAAUACAUAUAAUUUGGGACGAAAUUAUUCAAAAGUACGUCGGGUAGUGUUUAGGUAUUGCAAAAAAUUAUCCAAAAUUAAUUUAAAUAAGUUGAUUACAUAAAUAUCAAAAAUUACAUCGAACGCGAGCGCUCGCCGAAUUAGAACUACUUACUUAUAAUAAAUUAUGUAAUUGUUGCCAGAAUUGUUAUAUUAUUUACUAAUCAUGAGCAUGUCACAGCACUUUUUGAAGACAAUAUACAGGGUGUAUGAGAAAUGUUAGUCCUUGAAAAAGUCAUAUUAAAAACUUUAACAAACCGACAAAACGUAAUAAAAAACUCAUAAAACUAUUUUUUAUGCAAGUUGGCUUUUCAAAAGCACUUUUACACGUCCCAAUAUUAACCCUACCACUGCUUCGGGACAAUAAAUGGGCCAGUGCUGAAACUCAGUCACUAUUAAAAAUACUCAUUUUUAUGCCGCCAAUAGCUUUGGUAGCUUUUUCAUCAUCUCUACAUAAUAUAGCAAGUAAACAUUAUUAUGUUGCAUGCAGCAUUUAGUAUUGUCUUUCAAGGACUUCCAAAUUUUCUCGUACAGACUUGUGUAUUUUGUAUGACUACAAAAAUGUGUAACAAAGUAACUAAUAAUAAAUUCAGUCCAUAUUUUGCCUUGAUUAAAGUGUAUAAAUAUUAAAAUAAUAGAAAGCUGGACAGAUAUUUUAUAAAAUAUUUAUAUUUAUACAUACAUAGUUAAAUAUGUAUUUUUAAGUACUAUUGUUAUUUAAACAUAGUAUAAAGACGAUUUUCAACGUGUUGAACUUGUCAACUUUGUUACAAAUGCAUACUCUAUAACGUUGAGAACUGCAAUAACUAUUUUCUGUACCUAUUUACAUUAAAAAGUUUUAAAUAAGCGGACCAAACUGUAUCUCAGAAAUUCAACAUUCAUUCCGUUUUAUUAGAUGUAGAUUUUUAAAUAUCUUUUGGCAAAAGAUUUUUUUUAUGAAAACAUUGCAGUUUUAAAUAUUCCUUAUGUUUUUUUACUUAUUUAAAAAAUCUUUGCGGAUUUUAAGUAGAGAUUUUUAUACAAACUCAAUAUAAAACUUAUUUAUUAUUUUAAGUACCUGCACGUAUGUGAGGUGUAGCAAGAUGUCAAUUCCUUGUACAUAUUUAUAUAUUUUAGCCUUAUACCCGUUCGUUGUAAUUUAAGACUAUAUUUUUAUAAAAUGCUUUUUCGCAUAAUAAAAUUAGGCACUAAACUAAUGCAAGUAAAUAUUGUUUUUACGAAACAUUCCGAGAUUUUUAACCUUAAAUAAAAUACACGCGCCAUUUUAGCCCAUUUUUCGUUGUCAGCACGAACAUUUUGCUUUUUAAUGAAGAUAAUAAAUAUUUAGUGCACACUUAGGCUAGGCAAAUUUAUUUAUUGUCAUUAAUGCGUGCUACGCCAGACUGGAACGAACGUAUUUGUUUUUAUAGUUACUUUGUUAAAUAAACCUUUAUUUUAGGGUUGAUUCUGCUAGUUUUGUCAAUUGAUUUUGAACUUUAAACACCUAAUUGUAAAGUUUAAAAUCGAAUGGCAAGUGUUAGGUUGACCUGCCACUACCUACAUAAAGAUUUUUUGAUUCUCAGAUUCAAAUAAUGAUGUCAUAUCUUUUACUAGAUAACAACGCUGUUUCUCUCCAUCACUAUUCUCUCUAUUUAUGAAGAAAAUAAAAUAUGCUUCGCCACGGCUUCUUUCUUAUAAAAUAUUUCGUUUCGGUCUAUAACUGUACAGUAUGUACCAAUUGAUUUUGUCUAUAUCAUCACAAUGAUUGUCACGCAAGAGAACAGUAUUAUAAGACCGAUGUUAAAGUGCCUUUUGUAUGUAAUAAAUUUUGUAAGCAAUA